CGUGCCAGUCGGCGGGCGUGCGUGCUGCUGCGCGUGUUGUGCGAGCUGCGUCGCUCGUUCUGCCGCACGCAGUAGUUAGGAGGACGUGGCAAGCACUCGCAAGCGCGUUCCUCCCGUCUCGGCGCCUCGCGGCAGCAGCAAACCGUCGCCGCUGCUGGCCGAGCCGGGAGUCGACCGGUGCACCGUGUCGUGUUGUGUGCGCCCGACGCCGGCUCCCUCGGCCGCUGUGGCCGCCGCGUCUUGUGCCUCGCCGACGGCGACGACGCGAUCGGUUCGAGCCGGCGCUUGUGUUGUAGCACGCCGUGCAUGUGGGCGAAGAGAAGCGGUGCCCCGUUUCCAGUCGCCGCCGGACCGACUUCCCACCGAUGUCGUCGGAAUGCGACGGCGAGGAACCCUACGUGGCGUGGGCGACACGGAGCCACUUCCAAAAGCGUCGUCUCUAGUGAGCCACCAUUAUUACGGGUAAUGCGAGAAGUGGAGAAUCUCAGCGCCACUCCCGUUCACCGACCUACUACCUCAUUGUGUACAAUAGACAGCGCACUGUUCAAGUCAGCGUAGAAGCGUGAUGUUCCACACUCGACGGAGUAACCUCCGACACUGAGGCCGAAGAAGACUACGAGUGUAGGCGACCUUUAGAAGCGUGCGACGCUUGUUCCUGACGCCAGGGGGGCAGCGGAGUUUCGUGCCGUUCCUCGUGUGGGCUGGGCAUAUCUGGAGCCUCGUGCGAUGAUUCUGCCGUGCGACGUCGCCAGCAGCCAUGUCAGCAGCAGCAGCUCCGCUUCGUCGUCCUUGCACCCGUGCGCGGUGCAGUCGCUGAGCGUCCCGUCGUCGGUCGCGCCCAUCUUCGCCAGCAUGGACCACCACCACCAGCAGCAGCACCAGCAGUCGCCCGAGCAGCUGAUGGCGCAGUACGCCGCGCACGUGCUGCGUCAGCACCAGCAGCAGGCCAAGCCGUACAGCCGGCGCACCCCCGCGGCCAAGCCCUACUCGUGCGAGCAAUGCGGCCGCGGCUUCAAGUACCUGCACACGUUGCGCUUCCACAUCAAGACGACGCACGACAGCGCGGCGCCCGCCGUGGAGCCGCGCCUCUCGAGGCUCCGGAGGGACGCGCCGCCGGACCACCUGUCGUCGCCGGGCGCCUACUGCGGCGCCGAGCCGCCCACGGACGACAGCCGCGAGGAGGACCUCUCGAUGCCGCGGCCCGCCGAGGGGGGGCCCCGGUCCGAGACGGACGUGCCUCCGGAGUUUCCCCAGGACGCCGCGCCGGCUGAGCCGCCGCCGGUCAAGGAGGAACCCCCCGAGAGCUACGGACCGGUCAAGUCGGAGUCCCAAGACGUGGCCACCACGACGUCGUGCGUGGGCAGCCUGUCGCACAUGACGGCCAAUUUGAGCUCUAGCCUUGCCGCCGCGGGCCUACCGUCCCCGUCUUCGCUGCUGGGCAUGGAUGCUUGGCGCAGCAUGAAGCUUCAGGCCGAGGUGCCCCUGGCGAGCAAGGUCGACGUGGUGAACCCGCUGACGGAGCAGCAGUACACCCUGUACAAGUGCGGCAUCUGCGGCGAGACUCAGCCGAGCCUGCGGGGCCUCUGCGACCACCUGCAGGCGCACACGCGUGCCGUCAAGGAGCACCAUUGCGACAAGUGCGGCGCCGUGUUCAAGUGGCGCAGCCAGCUCUUGGUCCACGAGCAGGUGCACCAGGUGAUCGAGGGCAAGGCCGGCCUGGCGCCACCGCCGCCCGCGGGCCUGCCCGUGCUGAGCCCACUUCCCGAGGCGCUCAUCGGCGAGCCGCGAGUCUCGUUCGACCAGGCCCUCCAGCUGGGCGCCCUGGCGGGCCACUUCCUGCAGCCGGGGUCGCUGCCUAACAUCGCUAUGGGCAUGCCGCUCGCCAUGCCCCCGACGACGACCUCGGUGGCGCCGACCUCGACCUCCUCGGUGCCGGAGUUCACGUCACCGCACUGCGCCGCGCCACCGCAACGCGGCCCCGGCGGCUCUAAGGUCGGCUCGUCGUGCCCGUCGUCGAGCCAGGAGGCGGGCAUGCGGCUGCCCUUCCAGUGCAGCUACUGCAGCAAGUCGUUCGACCGCAUCUUCUCGCUGCAGCGCCACGAGCGCAUCCACACAGGCGUCAAGCCAUGUUACUGCAAGGCUUGCGGGCGCGGCUUCAGCGAGCGUCGUAACCUGCGCCACCACAUCAUCCGCUUCCACUCGGACGUCAGCCAGCGGGACCAGCUGCGACGGCGCCGACGCGCGGCGGCCGCUAGGAGCCGCGCCGCGGCGGUGCCUGCCGGCGGCGGGGGCGCCAACGGAGGCGUCGCUGCCAGCGGAGCUGGUGACCCCGCCGACGACAACCCGCAGGGCUCGCUCAAGCUGGUGUCCUUCCUCAAGAAGACGGCUGUGCGCAUCCUCAACUCGGUGGACCAGAGCAAGGACGAGGAGGACGACGAUGACCUGGAGGACAUCGAUGACCUCGAGGACAAAGUCGAUGGCGACUUGGACGACGAGGAUGACUUGAGGGCUGGGGACGACUGUGGCUUUGCCGAGAAUGGAAGCCCAGACGGUUUCAAGGAAGACCACAGGAUGGACGGCAGCAACCCCGAGUUGACUGACGAGGAAGGCGCUAGUCCAAUGGCAUCCGAGAUGCCUGUAGCACUUUGCAUGAAGGACAAUGGGAGCCCCAUUUGCUCACUCGAGGCAGAUAGGAAGGCUGAUGACGAAGAGGGCGAAGAGGACAACAAAACCAUCAUCUAUCCUUUGGAGGCCAUGCCCAUGGCAACACCACCUGUUGAACUGGCGCAAGCAGAUGAGAAAAGUGGUGGCGAUGGUCCUUCGUCUUCGCAGGACUUGGAUGCUAGUAACGAAGAGCUGAGGCGGCCGGCUACGGGCAACAGACGAAAGAAGGGAAGGCCGAUGCGCUAUGGUCCAGCAGUUGUGGAAACAAGCGAGGACUGUGGUAGUGACAAAGGAGUUGAAGAAGGUGCAAGUGAAGUUAAGGAGAUGGGAUCUGAAACCAGUGAAGAAAGGGUUGCUGAGGACGAAGUUAACCCAUAUACAAAGGAGGAAAUGGCAGCCUGGAUGCAGCUUGGCAAAGCAGCAGGAAGCAACCCUGCCAGCUAUGAAAAUGGGGAAGCCAGCAGCCCUGACCCCGAUGGCAAAGCAGGCACGGCAAGCCGUGGACCUUUCCUCUCGGCAUACAACCCCAGGAUGGACAUGGCCGAACGGCCCAUAAGCCGGGAUGAAGCGUGCACCCCACAGAUGGGUCCCGAUGGAAAGUUUGUCUACCCGUGUUCCUACUGCUACAAGACCUUCUCUUCUACCUCUGAUCUCAACAGGCACAUGGACUUCCACGAGGGAAUCCGGCAGUUCCUGUGCCGCGCCUGCAGCUACCAUGCGGUGACGCAGUCCGAUCUCAGUCGGCACGAGAAGACGCGGCAGCACUUGGUGCGGCAACAGAAUGCGUGCUCCAGCUGUGGCUUGGGCUUCAACUCUCCGGCCCUGCUCGGGGACCACGCGCUCAGCUGUGGUGCGGUCAGGGACCUCACAUCCAAGGUGCAGUCGACUACGGAGGCCAACAACAAUGACCGCAGCUUUGAGAGCAGGAACGGCGAGUCGCUGUCUGCUCGGCCUCGGCCGCCGGCUGAAGACUCUGCCGGCCAUUCUUCUUCGGGCGGCGGAAGUCGGCUGGAAAAGAGCUGUGUCCUCUUGAAAAAGAAAUUGCUCUGCUUCGAGGGGGCACUGUGAGCGGCAGCAGCAGGGUGCGGCGAAGAUCUCACUCCCCUCUCCUCAGGCCUGCAGCCAUUGUCUGGCUUCUCCGAAAAGUGAUAUUCGUAACGGGUCUACACGCAGACACUGAACGUCGAGACACACACACACACAGAUACAAAAAUAACUGGAAUGCCGGUGACUGAUGUGCUUUUUCUUUAUUUUUUUCCCCAUUGCUGUCUUAGUAUGAUGUGCAAGAGCAUUGUGGUGACAUUCCAGGCUGACUACGGGAGUAUGUGUACUUUAGCUAAUUUUUAUUUUUGCUUGGCAAGUCUGUGCACUGUGCCGUUUCCUGUUUUAGGGGAAGCUGGCUCAAGAAGUACCUAGGUGACUUUUUUCUCCUUUGCAUUAAUAUUUUUAUUGUUGCUGUUGUUGUUAUUGCCUAAGCAUUGGCAGGCAGUUUAAAUCUGCUGGCUACCCCGAGUGGAAUGUGUCAUCACUUCAAGUUCCUUGGUUGUUGGGUGUGACAGUUUUGUGUGUGAUGCAAGAGCUGUGUGCUUUUGCUGUUUGCUUGAGAGGCAGUAGAGAAUGCCCUACUCACUCACCCAUCUUGCUUGGGUGCCUGGCUUGGCUUGUGCAAGAAAAACUUAGUUCUGGGCUGUCGCCUUUUUUUGUUAGUUGUUUCAUGAGUUAAUUGGUUACUUGUUACUUAAUGGUCUCAUUUAUGAGCGCUUUUCUCUGUGUGCAAUCUGUUGAAACUAAGUUGUGUUCCAGAUGAUUUCGUUUGCAUUGUCUUUUUGUCUGGAACAACUCUCAAAACGGGCAAAGUGUGGCCCCGACUGUGUUUUUUCAUGGUGGUGUUGAUGCAUGUGCCAUGUGCCAGAUGCGCAUGAAUACGGGUGUUUUUUCUCCUCAGAUUCCAGAUGACUCAGGGCCUGUAGUGUAUCGGAUCUGAUGGGUAGAUGCCUCCUUUGUCCCAACUGGGAACAAACGAAGUCAAGUUCACUGGAAGGUGCCAUGGGCGCUGUGCAGUGAAUUAAAUGUCCAGACACAUAAUGAGCACUUUUUCAAAAUAUAUACGGGUGGAUUUGUGUAAUUCCUCCCCUUCUUGUUUUUAUUUGCACUGAACUGCAAGAUGUGUAACUAGUGUCAUUGUAACAGCCUGUUAUUAGAAAAAUCUGUUUGCAAUAUAUACGUGGUGGUUGCGCGAAUUGAAGACUGUUGCGCAAUUGUUAUAAAUGUGCUUUGGCCAAGUACACUAAAAGAAAGCAAAAGAAAAAGAAAUGUCAAUGUGAGUGUAUUUUAGUGUCUCUGCAAGGCAAUAAACAUGUCAAAGUAUAAGCUUAGCACUGACAUUGAUUGUCU